AUGAUGUGCACAACAAACUCUAAGAAUAAUAAUUAUGCGACGUCUUACGGAGAGGGUCAUAAAUUUAUACCUAACAUACCGUUCGAAAGCAAUGUUUCGUCAUUGGACACUGGAAUUGGAUCGAUGCCCAAUAUUCCAGAGUUAAAGCAAUGGAAUUAUGACACGUCGACUAAGGUCCAUCAUGAUUUUAAAAUUAAUACCAUGGACCCUAUCCAGAGAUCUAUGAAAUUAAAUGUUGACCAAACUCACUAUAUCAUGCCUCAGAUGGAAAAAUAUUGGUCGAAUCCUCCAAAACCAAUUUUCAUACCACCAACUGAGUACAGUGAUAAAUAUAUACAACCAAAAUUGAUGUCAAACAUCAAACAGAUGCCUACAACAAUGAUUUGUGUUCAACCAACUCCGGUUUCUCGUAAACAUUUUGACACAAUACAAACGCUGAAAGUUAGUGAUGCUGGAGCAAUCAAAAAAGUAGACCCGUAUGUUAGUACUCAGAAGUUAGAUUACAUCGAAAUAAAUCCAGAUAUAGCAAAACAAAUAAAUUCUAAAUAUUCAAAAUUACAACACAGUAAGCCGGAGUACAAGUCGUUUUACAAUGAACCAAUAUUCAAUCGACAAAAUACCAUCCGUUUGUUGCCAAACACUUUAAAACAUGUUCCACACAAUUGCCUCAUAUCAGAAAUGAGAGCUUCAUAUAAAAAACCAUUUCAUACAUCAAUAUUUGUUGAUACUGUAGAAAUGCCAAUAUCCAUUUCAAGGAAUCCAACUUUGUCUCAAAUAUUGUCUGUACCUGGGAUGUACACAACUGAAUACUCAACAAUUGGUGGAAAAUAA